AUGCAGGUGGACUCCAUUCUCCACAGCGGCUACUUCCACCCUGUGCUGCGCUCCUGGCAGUGUACAACAACCACCUUCGAUGCCUCCAACCUCAUCUACCCCAUUUUUGUCACUGACAGCCCUGAUGCAGUGGAGCCGAUCCCCAGCCUCCCUGGACAAGCACGGUACGGAGUCAACAAGCUGGAGGGGAUGCUGCAUCCCCUCGUUGAGGACGGUCUGAAGUGUGUGCUCAUCUUCGGGGUGCCCAGCAAGGUCCACAAGGAUGAGAAGGGCUCUGCUGCUGAUGCAGAGGACACUCCUGCCAUCCAGGCGAUCAAGAAGAUUCGCUCCACCUUCCCAGAGCUGCUGAUAGCCUGUGAUGUCUGCUUGUGCCCUUACACCUCCCAUGGGCACUGCGGCAUCCUGCGCGAGGACGGCACCAUCCAGAACGAGCUGAGCUGCCAGCGCCUGGCACAAGUGGCGCUGGCCUAUGCCAAAGCAGGCUGCCACAUCGUCGCCCCCUCAGAUAUGAUGGACGGGCGCAUCGCGGCCAUGAAGGCAGCGCUGAUCUCCAAUGACCUGGGCAACAAGGUCUCGGUGAUGAGCUACAGUGCCAAGUUUGCUUCAUGCUUCUAUGGUCCCUUCAGGGAUGCUGCUCUAUCCAAACCUGCCUUUGGAGACAGGAGAUGCUACCAGCUGCCCCCGGGUGCCAGGGGCCUGGCCAUGCGUGCUGUGGACCGGGAUGUGCGGGAGGGAGCCGACAUGCUGAUGGUGAAGCCGGGGAUGCCCUACCUGGACCUUGUGAGGGAUGUUAAGGCUCGA